UGAAGAGAGCAGCGGACGAUCACGCGUGUCCAGCAUGCGCACAUACAACUCUUUCAUCAUUUGGAUGACCAAGACUCUCCCCAUGGAUAGUAUCUGUCCUUAAUAUUACACUUCUUGGAUUUGUGGACUGCUGAGAUUCUGCCGACCUCAUUUAUUUCACCUCAACCUAAUGCAAUGUAUUUACUUUAAAAUCUAUUUUAUUUAGCUGUAUACAAAGUCUAAAGAGAACAGCUUUUGGUCAACAGCUCCUAUGAUUGUUAUUACGAAGCAAUAACACAGUACAGCAUCUUACAGCCUGGACAGGACAACGCUAUUUAGAAAUAACAGGGCAUUACAGUAAGCACCUCUAGUGUAAAGGAUCUGCGACUUGACUCAAGGAAAAUAAACAUGUCCAGCAGAAGUAUCGAGUGGGAGCAUUUCGAGGAGCGCGACAAGAGUCACCGGUCCUCGCGAGGAAUCGCCCGUUCUCACUCCGGUUCGCGGGGUAACGGACUCGUGCCCAGUCCCGCUCACAGCGCGCACUGUAGCUUCUACCGCACGCGCACGCUGCAGUCGCUCACCUCCGAAAAGAAAGCGAAAAAAGUUUGCUUCUAUCGGAACGGCGACAGAUACUUCAAGGGCUUGGUGUACGCGGUCUCCAGUGACCGCUUCAGGUCAUUCGAUGCGCUGCUGAUGGAACUGACCCGCUCCUUGUCGGACAAUGUGAAUUUACCGCAUGGAGUGCGGAGCAUCUACACUAUAGAUGGGGGGAAGAAGAUCACCAGCCUGGAUGAAUUACUGGAAGGAGAGAGCUAUGUGUGUUCUUCCAAUGAACCCUACCGUAAAGUGGACUACACCAAGAAUGUUAAUCCCAACUGGUCAGUCAAUGUGAAAACAGGCACAUUCCGCUCGCUACCGUCUCUUACCACUUCAAAGAGCGACCUUAGAGAACGAGAGACCAAAGACUUCAUCAAACCCAAGCUGGUGACGGUCAUCCGGAGUGGCGUCAAACCGCGCAAGGCCGUCCGGAUCCUCUUAAAUAAGAAGACGGUUCACUCUUUUGAGCAGGUGCUUACGGACAUCACUGAUGCCAUUAAACUUGACUCUGGAGCUGUGAAGAGACUCUACACUCUGGAGGGCAAACAAAUUACAUGUUUGCAAGAUUUUUUUGGGGAUGAUGACGUGUUCAUCGCAUGUGGUCCUGAGAAAUUCCGUUACGCACAGGACGAUUUUGUGUUGGAUCACAGUGGUAAGGCUUCCACAGCCUUUCUAACUGAGUGUCAGGUGCUCAAGUCCUCUUAUUCUCCUCGUUCUGCUGCCCCUGUAAGAUACUCUGGUAAUAAAAGUCCAGGGCUGACUCGCCGCAGCAAAUCCCCUGGAUUCGUGAGAAGGACUGCAGGGCAUUUCUCUACAAGGAGUCAGUCUCCAGUCAAAUCACCAAUAAAUGGAGUACCCAACAACCAAAUUACUACUCCCAAAUCUGGCAAAUCCUCCAACUCCUCCCCGACCAGCCCCCACAGCAAGUUUAGUUGCAACAAGCGGAUGGGAGUCCCCGUCCAUCUGACUGUACAGAUUCCAGCACAUCACUCUUCUUCAACCAAUGUGAACGGCUCCUCUGAGCAGCCUCAGCAACAUACAGACAGUGUGAGCCCUGAAGUUAAUGGCAAUCAGAACAUUGCUGCCUCCACUGUUUUGGACAAAUACAAAAUUGGCAAAGUUAUAGGCGAUGGAAACUUUGCCGUUGUUAAGGAGUGUGUAGAACGAUCCACUGGAAAGGAAUUUGCAUUGAAGAUCAUUGACAAAAACAAAUGCCGUGGCAAAGAGCAUCUGAUCGAGAAUGAGGUGGCAGUAUUGAGGCGUGUUAAACAUCCUAAUAUCAUCAUGCUGAUUGAGGAGGUCGAUACACCCAUUGAGCUCUGUCUAGUCAUGGAACUUGUGAAGGGUGGAGAUCUGUUUGAUGCCAUCACCUCCUCCACAAAGUACACAGAGAGAGACGCUAGUGCCAUGGUAUUCAACCUGGCUGCAGCUCUCAAAUACCUGCACAGAAUGUGUAUUGUCCAUCGAGACAUUAAACCUGAGAACUUACUGGUGUGUGAGUAUCCUGAUGGUACAAAGUCUUUGAAGUUGGGGGAUUUUGGCUUGGCCACAGUGGUUGAAGGGCCAUUGUACACUGUGUGUGGAACACCUACUUACGUUGCCCCAGAAAUCAUAGCAGAGCAAGGCUAUGGGCUAAAGGUGGACAUCUGGGCAGCUGGUGUGAUUACCUACAUCCUACUGUGUGGCUUUCCACCUUUCCGCAGUGAGAAUAAUCUUCAGGAGGACCUUUUCGAUCAAAUCCUGGUUGGACGUUUAGAGUUCCCUUCACCCUUCUGGGACAGUAUCACUGAUUCUGCUAAAGUGUUGAUUGGUCGCAUGCUGCAGGUAAACGUGGAGGCCAGAUACACUGCAGAGGAUGUGCUCUCUCAUCCCUGGGUCACGGUAAAUGAGGAUGCUGCAAUGGAAAACAAUAUGAAGAUGGAGGUGGCAGGUAAACUCAAAAAGCACUUUAUCUCUGUGCAGAAACAGAGCAACACAACCCCUGGAGUCUCUGUUAUUAUGAAUACAGCUCUAGAUAAGGAAACCAUCCAGCUUUCUCGCCGUCGUCAAGACCGCAACCCCCCUCUAGGAAAGAGUCCCUCCUCCCACCCAGAGAGAAGACGCUCCUACAGGAGACGGUCGUCUGCCCAAUCAGAGGAGUCCAAGGGUGCUGCAACUGUUGAGCCGUUAGCCUCAACAACCCCUAACACACCAGCACCUUCAGUUCAGCCUUUGCCCUCCACUUCCUCUGCCCCACAUCUACUCCAGUCUCCCAUCUCCUCUGUCCCUCCCACCUUCCCCCAGCACAACGCUGAGGCCGAGGCCACCAAGGGAUUUCCAGAGGAAAAAUAACAUAAUAGAGCACUGCUCAACCUUUUGGGAAAACAAUAUGAAAAAGUGACAAUUCCAAACAUAAAUAAAUAAAAACAGAAAUAAAUAAUAAGCAGCCCUGCAAAUGUUUGUAUAUACAUUCUAACAUAGUAUGGUCAGAAGUGUCUGUAUAGUGGUCACCUGCUUGUCUUCUGGACUAUGUACCAUUCCUGCUUCCAGUUUUGCACACCCAUCAAUGGCUUCCGAUCCCAGAACCCAGGGUGGGCUUGAGGGCUUUAUGUGUGAUUGAUCGUAUAUAAGUGCUUUGGAUUUCAAAGAUCCUGUGCUCUGCUUUUGUAAUUACUGGCAUGUAAGCAGCAAGUUUUGUAUGGUGGUCACUGGUGGAUUUAAGAUGCUACUGAAAAAAAAAAAAAACUUUUUGAAACUUGUCCUGCUAAAACUUGAAAGUAUGUUCUCUUUUCUUUGAGUGUUUAGAAUGUUUGAAGAUAGACUGCUUGAAUUUUAUAAUUUUUGAUUCUACUGCAACGCAGAAGAAAGCAGUCUGCCUUUUGAUGGGUGUGGGGCUGUGUGUGUGUUUUCUUAAGAGGGUGCGUCUAGCUCUACUUCGUUCUGGAGUAAUUUUGCAAUAGUUUAGAGUCAUGAGCCAGCAAAGCAAGAAAUCAGUAGGAAUUGUUAAUAGUCAUCUUCUUUUGCUAACUUAUUUGUACAGAUUAGAAACCAUGUGAAAUUGUACUUUUAGAAUAGUUUGUUAUUUAUCAAUCAAAGGCAUUAAGUGCAUGAUAUUUUAAUUUCUGUCUCAAUAGAGCCAACAGACGCAAAAGUGACUCUGUAUUAGAUUACAAUCCAUCUUGCAUUUAUCAUAUAUUGCUUCAUGUGCUAGAUCUGUUGUUUUCUCAGUACUUUUACAGUGCUCACCCUGGUCAGAUUUCCCAAAACAUGUAAUAUAUACAAAACAAACAAACAAAAAACAAACUGUGGUGAAAAUUUGUAUUGGUGUAGGUACAGUAAAUGGCAUGAAGUCCUCCUUAACAAAAUGUUCUGCAAAAUAUUUGGUAUGUAUUGAAGGUUUUGAGAAAUAUGGCCACAAUAAGUCAGGUAUUUGAUGCUUUAGGCACACUAGGGAUCUAUUUGGCUCACUAGGGAUCUAUUUGAUCUAUUCUAGUCAGUAUUAUCUCUUGCAGGCAAAAUUAAAUGUUUAAAUAUGUAAUUUUCUAUUAGUGUUCUUUAUCAUCACACCAGUAUUCAAAAGGAAA